AUGAUCACUUCGGCCGCUGGAAUUAUUUCUCUUCUGGAUGAAGAAGAACCACAGCUUAAGGAAUUUGCACUACACAAAUUGAAUGCAGUUGUCAAUGACUUCUGGGCAGAAAUUUCUGAGUCUGUAGACAAAAUAGAAGUUUUGUAUGAAGAUGAAGGUUUCCGGAGUCGGCAGUUUGCGGCCUUAGUGGCAUCUAAAGUAUUUUAUCACCUGGGGGCUUUUGAGGAGUCUCUGAAUUAUGCACUUGGAGCAGGUGACCUCUUCAAUGUCAAUGAUAACUCUGAAUAUGUGGAAACUAUUAUAGCAAAGUGCAUUGAUCACUACACCAAACAAUGUGUGGAAAAUGCAGAUUUGCCCGAAGGAGAAAAAAAACCAAUUGACCAGAGAUUGGAAGGCAUUGUGAAUAAAAUGUUUCAAAGAUGUCUAGAUGAUCACAAGUAUAAGCAAGCUAUCGGCAUUGCUCUGGAGACACGAAGACUGGAUGUCUUUGAGAAGACUAUACUUGAGUCGAAUGAUGUCCCAGGAAUGCUGGCUUAUAGCUUGAAGCUCUGCAUGUCUUUAAUGCAGAACAAACAGUUUCGGAAUAAAGUACUUAGAGUCCUAGUUAAAAUCUACAUGAAUUUAGAGAAACCUGAUUUCAUCAAUGUUUGUCAGUGCCUAAUUUUCUUAGAUGAUCCUCAGGCCGUGAGUGAUAUCUUAGAAAAACUGGUAAAGGAAGACAACCUCCUGAUGGCCUAUCAGAUUUGUUUUGAUUUGUAUGAAAGUGCUAGCCAGCAGUUUUUGUCUUCUGUAAUCCAGAAUCUUCGAACUGUUGGCACCCCUCUUGCUUCUGUGCCUGGGUCCACCAACACGGGCACUGUUCCAGGAACAGAGAGAGAAAGUGACUCGAUGGAAACGGACGACAAGACAGGUAGUGUACUUGUAGGCAAGACGCCAGAAGCGAGUCCAGAGCCCAAGGACCAGACUUUGAAAAUGAUUAAAAUUCUAAGUGGUGAAAUGGCUAUUGAGUUACAUCUACAGUUUUUAAUACGAAACAAUAACACAGAUCUCAUGAUUCUAAAAAACACAAAGGAUGCAGUAAGGAAUUCUGUCUGUCAUACAGCAACUGUCAUAGCAAACUCUUUUAUGCACUGUGGCACUACCAGUGACCAGUUUCUUAGAGAUAACUUGGAAUGGUUAGCCAGAGCCACUAAUUGGGCAAAAUUUACAGCUACAGCCAGUUUGGGUGUAAUUCAUAAGGGUCAUGAGAAGGAAGCAUUACAGUUAAUGGCAACAUACCUUCCCAAGGACACCUCUCCAGGGUCAGCCUAUCAGGAAGGUGGAGGUCUCUAUGCACUAGGUCUCAUUCAUGCCAAUCAUGGUGGUGAUAUAAUUGACUAUCUGCUUAACCAGCUCAAGAAUGCCAGCAAUGACAUUGUUCGGCAUGGUGGCAGUCUAGGCCUUGGUUUGGCUGCCAUGGGGACCGCACGCCAGGAUGUGUAUGAUUUGCUGAAAACAAACCUCUAUCAGGAUGAUGCUGUGACAGGGGAAGCAGCUGGCCUGGCCCUAGGUUUGGUUAUGUUGGGCUCUAAAAAUGCCCAGGCUAUUGAGGACAUGGUUGGCUAUGCACAGGAAACUCAACAUGAGAAGAUUCUCCGUGGUCUUGCAGUUGGCAUUGCAUUAGUGAUGUACGGAAGGAUGGAAGAAGCUGAUGCUCUCAUUGAAUCUCUCUGCCGUGAUAAGGAUCCAAUUCUUCGACGAUCUGGAAUGUAUACUGUAGCCAUGGCUUAUUGUGGCUCAGGUAACAACAAAGCUAUUCGACGCCUGUUACAUGUUGCUGUAAGUGAUGUUAAUGAUGACGUCAGGAGGGCAGCAGUAGAAUCACUUGGGUUCAUUCUCUUCAGGACCCCUGAACAGUGCCCCAGCGUUGUUUCAUUGUUGUCAGAGAGUUACAAUCCUCAUGUUCGUUAUGGAGCUGCCAUGGCCCUGGGCAUCUGCUGUGCUGGUACAGGAAACAAGGAAGCAAUUAAUUUGCUCGAACCAAUGACAAAUGACCCUGUGAACUAUGUGAGGCAAGGAGCUCUCAUAGCUUCAGCUCUCAUCAUGAUCCAGCAGACUGAAAUCACUUGUCCAAAGGUGAAUCAAUUCAGACAGCUGUAUUCCAAAGUCAUCAAUGAUAAACAUGAUGAUGUCAUGGCCAAGUUUGGCGCUAUUCUGGCCCAGGGCAUACUGGACGCAGGUGGACAUAACGUCACGAUCUCCUUGCAGUCCAGAACUGGGCACACCCAUAUGCCUUCUGUGGUCGGCGUCCUUGUCUUUACCCAGUUCUGGUUCUGGUUUCCUCUUUCGCACUUCCUGUCAUUGGCUUAUACCCCUACCUGUGUCAUUGGCCUGAACAAAGACUUAAAGAUGCCGAAAGUUCAAUAUAAAUCAAACUGUAAACCAUCAACAUUUGCGUAUCCUGCCCCUCUGGAAGUACCAAAAGAAAAAGAAAAGGAAAAGGUUUCCACUGCUGUGUUAUCUAUAACUGCUAAGGCUAAAAAGAAGGAAAAAGAAAAGGAAAAAAAGGAAGAGGAGAAAAUGGAAGUGGAUGAGGCAGAGAAAAAGGAAGAAAAAGAGAAGAAAAAAGAACCUGAGCCAAACUUCCAGUUAUUGGAUAACCCAGCCCGAGUUAUGCCUGCCCAGCUUAAGGUCCUAAGCAUGCUGGAGACCUGUAGAUACCAGCCUUUCAAACCAUUGUCCAUUGGAGGCAUUAUCAUUCUGAAGGAUACCAGUGAAGACAUUGAAGAGCUGGUGGAACCCGUGGCAGCUCAUGGCCCAAAAAUAGAGGAGGAAGAACAAGAGCCAGAACCCCCAGAACCAUUUGAGUAUAUUGAUGACUAA